AUGAGGUGUGCUGCUGGAGUGCACAUGCAAGCGUCGCGGCAGCGUACCGCAAUCCCAGCAAAACAAGAAUACAGACGACUUACUCCAUCACUUAGGAUGUCGUCGGAAUUCACGAAGAAUCCCGUCAGUGUCGGCGCUGUCAGCUCCGACGUCGUCGAACCUGCUCGCGUGGUCCGAGCAACGAUUGGUUCUCGACGAAAGCGUCGCUCGUUCUGUAAAGACGAAAGCCCACGCAGCGGAUUACUUCCGAAUCAUACGCUGGAAGGAAAUCGAAGCCGCAGUGAUUACGGGAUCGUUACAAACGUUCAGCGAUUAGAAGAACAACUAAAAUUGAGCGACUAUGGUUUACUCUCACCCAUUGCGAUACCGUUCACGCUAGCAGAUACCUCGAAGCCACCUCCAUCUAUACGCACUUCAACGGUGAAACACAUUGAUUGCACUAAAUGGAAGCGGAUGAGAAGCGGUUUUUCCGUUUCUCUAAUGUAUUCGUUCCCACACGCUUUACAAGUGAUUAUGGACACCGUACCUGAUCUCAUGCAAUCACCGUCUCCACCGUUAGGGCAAAUUGUCCAGUUUUUCGUUGUACGCGAACGGUCCUAUAGACAUUUCGAGACCGACCUUCCCUAA